AUGGCGGCGUCAGUGGCUGCUGCGGCCGGGAGGCUGCGGCGAGCCAUUGGGAGGUCGUGCCCAUGGCAGCGGUUCUCAACCGAGCCCCACCCACCCCACGGAGCGGCCGUGCGGGACGCCUUCCUGAGCUUCUUCCGAGAUCGCCACGGCCACCGGCUCGUGCCCUCCGCUUCCGUGAGGCCGCGCGGCGACCCCAGCCUGCUUUUCGUCAACGCAGGCAUGAACCAGUUCAAGCCCAUCUUCCUGGGCACGGUGGAUCCACGAAGCGAGAUGGCAGGCUUCCGACGAGUAGCUAACAGCCAGAAAUGUGUCAGGGCUGGAGGACGCCAUAACGACCUGGAAGAUGUGGGCCGUGAUCUCUCUCAUCAUACUUUUUUUGAGAUGCUUGGCAACUGGGCUUUUGGGGGUGAAUAUUUUAAGAAAGAAGCAUGUAGCAUGGCCUGGGAACUGCUGACUCAAGUCUAUGGGAUCCCUGAGGACAGGUUAUGGGUCUCCUAUUUCAGUGGUGACUCCAAGACAGGGUUGGACCCAGACCUGGAGACCAGAGACAUCUGGCUCAGCUUGGGGGUACCUGCCAGCCGUGUGCUCUCGUUCGGACUGCAAGAGAACUUCUGGGAGAUGGGAGACACCGGACCUUGUGGGCCUUGUACCGAGAUCCAUUACGAUCUGGCUGGUGGAAUGGGACCCCCCCAGCUGGUUGAGCUAUGGAAUCUGGUCUUCAUGCAACACUACAGAGAGGCAGACGGAAGCCUGCAUCUGCUGCCACAGCAACAUGUGGACACAGGAAUGGGCCUGGAAAGACUGGUGGCUGUACUGCAGGGCAAGCAUUCCACCUACGACACCGACCUCUUUUCUCCACUGCUUGAUGCUAUACACCAGAGCUGCAGGGUUCCCCCGUACUCUGGCCGCGUAGGGGCAGCGGAUGAGGGACGAAUAGACACAGCGUACCGAGUUGUAGCUGAUCACAUCCGCACGCUCAGUGUCUGCAUUGCUGAUGGCGUCUCCCCGGGGAUGUCAGGCGCCCCGCUAGUUCUUCGUCGGAUUCUCCGUCGAGCUGUGCGCUAUUCCACAGAGGUCUUGCAGGCACCACCUGGCUUUCUGGGCAACCUGGUACCAGUGGUGGUGGCGACAUUGGGAGCUGCUUACCCAGAACUUCAGAAGAACUCAGUCAAGAUAGCCAACCUGGUGUCAGAGGAUGAGGCAGCCUUCCUGGCCUCCCUGCAGAGAGGCCGUCGGAUCAUUGAUCGCACCGUUAAGCGCUUGGGCCCUUCUGAUUUGUUCCCUGCCGAAGUGGCCUGGUCACUGUCACUGUCUGGGAAUCUGGGGAUCCCCCUGGACCUGGUGCAGCUAAUGUUGGAGGAGAAGGGGGUGAAGCUGGACACUGCGGGCCUGGAGCAGCUAGCCCAGAAGGAAGCCCAGCACCGGGCCCAGCAGGCAGAGGCAGCUCAGGAGGAGGGAUUGUGUCUUGAUGUCCACGCACUGGAGGAGCUGCACCGUCAAGGCAUACCCACAACUGAUGACAGCCCCAAAUAUAACUACUCUCUUCGCCCCAAUGGGGAUUAUGAGUUUGGCCUCUGUGAGGCCCAGGUAUUACAGCUGUAUUCAGAGACUGGGACAGCUGUGGCCUCCGUGGGAGAAGGCCAGCGCUGUGGCCUCCUAUUGGACAGAACCAACUUCUAUGCUGAACAAGGGGGUCAGGCUUCGGACCGAGGCUACCUCAUUCGUACAGGGCAGCAGGAUGUGUUGUUCCCUGUGGCCCGGGCUCAGGUCUGUGGAGGCUUCAUCCUGCAUGAGGCCAUGGCUCCCGAGUGCUUACAAGUCGGGGACCGAGUGCAGCUCUAUGUGGAUAAGGCCUGGCGAAUGGGAUGCAUGGUGAAGCACACAGCCACCCACCUGCUGAACUGGGCACUUCGGCAGACGCUCGGACCAACCACCGAACAGCGGGGCUCCCAUCUCAACCCGGAGCGGCUGCGCUUUGAUGUGGCCACGCAGACCCCACUGACCACAGAGCAGCUACGGACAGUAGAGAGCUACGUGCAGGAAGCUGUGGGGCAGGAUAAGCCUGUAUACAUGGAGGAAGUGCCCCUGGCACACACUGCCCGUAUCCCCGGCCUUCGCUCACUGGAUGAGGUGUACCCAGACCCCGUUCGGGUCGUGUCAGUGGGGGUUCCUGUGGCCCAGGCACUGGCACCAGCCUCCCAAGCUGCACUGCAGACUUCGGUGGAGCUGUGCUGCGGGACGCACCUGCUAAGUACUGGGGCUGUGGGAGACCUGGUGAUUAUUGGGGAUCGCCAGCUGGUCAAAGGCAUCACUCGCCUACUGGCCAUCACCGGGGAGCAGGCCCAACAGGCCCGAGAGGUGGGCCAGAGCCUGUCGCAGGAGGUGGAAGUGGCAAGCGAACGGCUAAGUCGGGGCAGCCGGGACCUGCUGGAGGCUCACCGGCUAUCUAAGGACAUAGGACGUCUCAUUGAGUUCACAGAGUCUGCUGUGAUACCUCAGUGGCAGCGGCAGGAGCAGCAGACCACACUGAAGAUGCUACAGCGCCGUGCCAACACCGCCAUCCGGAAACUGGAGAAGAGCCAGCAACCUAGAGGGCCCUGUGACAGAAUAGAAGAGCCAAGGCAGUCACAGAAGGCCACAGAUGCAACCCAAGAAAGCAGCCGCACCAGGCAGAGCCCCGCCCACCACCUCUCCUCAGAACUGAUGGCCUUUAUGGAGAGAGCGAGCAUGGGAGGGCGGGGGCUGUCAGGCUGGGUCUCAGUUCAGAAGUGGAAUAUCCAACUCCGGCCCCUCUGCUGCUCCUCGGCCCCACAGGCUACGGAGAAAUCCCAGGAGCUGUUGAAACGGCACUCGGAGGGGCCUCUGAUUGUGGACACUGUCUCCGCCCAGUCCCUCUCGGUGCUGGUAAAGGUCGUGCGGCAGCUGUGCAAACAGGCCCCCAGCAUGUCCGUGCUGCUGCUCAGCCCCCAGCCCACUGGCAGUGUCCUGUGUGCCUGCCAGGUGGCCCAGGGUGCCACACCUACCUUCACAGCUGAGGCCUGGGCCCUAGCUGUGUGCAGCCACAUGGGAGGCAAGGCUUGGGGCUCUCCAGUGAUAGCCCAGGGUACUGGACACACUGCUGACCUGGAGGCUGCCCUCAGGACAGCCCGAGCUUAUGCACUCAACCAGCUCUGACGAGGCCCACCCAGGACACAGAGGAAUAGAAGGCAGGCAAGCAUCUGGAGCCACAUAAUCUUCCCGGAGGCGGGAGCAGAGGACCAGCGGCUGGAGGCCAGGUCUCCGAGCCAAAGCAGGGCACCAGGGCCACUGAGAGGCGAGCAGGAAGAAGUGUGGAUUGAGGGGCAGCAACCCCAGCAAAUGGAAGACCUGGGCUGCUGUGGUUGGGAGCACCCAUUCAAAGUGUUUCACCGGCUGCAGACUCAGCUCAGUGGUUAAGAGCACUUGUUCCUAGAAGGGACCCAGGUUCGGUUCCCAGCAUCCACAUGGAGGUUCCCCACCCCAUCAGGCACCAGAAAUACAUGUGGUACACAGACAUACAUGUAGGCACUCGUGUAUACAGACACUCAUACAUGCAAAGUAAUAAAACAAUUUUUUUUUCUUUUUUUCGGAGCUGGGGACCGAACCCAGGGCCUUGCGCUUGCUAAGCAAGCGCUCUACCGCGGAGCUAAAUCCCCAACCCCAUAAAACAAUUUUUUUAAAAAAGUGUUUCACAGAGCAUUAGAAGUCCUAGAAAAGUCUGUCUGUGGGAAAAAGAGUGGCCUGCCCGUCUGUGCUUCCGGAGGCCCAAGGUGAGCUCCCAGCAGCCAUAUAUGGCUCACAGUCGCUUUUAACUCCACCAGCAGCAAGCCUGUUGCCUUUUUCUGGAUUCUGUGGCCUUUGCAAAUAUGUGACAUAAAAAAAAAAAAAAAAAGAAAGAAAGAAAGAAAGAAAAAAAAGUGGGGGCUGGAGAGAUGGCUCAGUGGUUAGAGCACACUAGAUGCUCUUCCAGAGGUCCUGAGUUCAAAUCCCAGCAACCACAUGGUGGCUCAUAGCCAUCUGUAAUGGGAUCUGAUGCCCUCUUCUGGUGUGUCUGAAGACAGCUACAGUGUACUCAUAUAUAUAAAAUAAACAAUUUUUUUAAAAGAAAAA